AAAAAAAUCGAAAGUCAUUGUUUGCCAACGAGAAACAGGACAUUCCCCAGUCCAGCUCAGUUUUUGUAUCUACACUACCACCGGACGACAUGACUCAAGAGGAGCAGAAGAAGAAGGUCACGGAGCCCAAAACCGCCGCCUCCGACCCAUCACCGCCGUCCACGGAGGAGAAGUCCGACGAUUCCAAAGCCAUUGUUCUUGUCGUCGCAAAAGAUGCUGAAGAAGAGAAGAAAGGAGGUUCCGUUAACCGAGAUGCUGUUUUGGCUAAACUCGAGACAGAAAAGAAGAUGUCUCUCAUCAAAGCUUGGGAAGAGGCUGAGAAAUCCAAAGUGGAGAACAAAGCCCAAAAGAAGCUUUCUUCAGUUGGAGCUUGGGAAAACAGCAAGAAAGCAUCCGUGGAAGCUGAGCUAAAAAAGAUCGAGGAGCAACUAAUCAAGAAGAAAGCCGAGUACGCAGAGCAGAUGAAGAACAAAAUAGCUCAAAUCCACAAAGAAGCCGAAGAGAAGAGAGCAAUGACCGAAGCUAAACGCGGGGAAGAUGUUCUCAAGGCCGAGGAGAUGGCUGCAAAGUACCGCGCCACUGGAACUGCCCCAACAAAGCUAUUUGGAUGCUUCUGAUUGAUUUUUAUAGAGAAAUGGAUUUUGAUUUUGGUUUAUCAUUUGUGGUCUUGGUUUAAUUUGGCAACAUAGUACGAGUUACAUGCCCAUAAUGUAAUGUCUUGUUA